AUGAGAAAAGGAGUAGCCAUUGGAAUUUAGCUGGAAACUACAUAUUGUUGUGCUUGUGUAUUUCAGAAUGGUAAAGUUGAAAUUAUCACCAAUGAUCAAGGCAACAGAACAAUACCAAACUAUAUGGACUUUACAGGCACUGAGAGACUCAUCGGAGAUGCUGCCAAAAACCAGGCUGCCAUGAAGCCAAACAACUUAAUAUUUAGUUCCAUACGCCUAAUUAGUAGAAAAUUGGACAAUCCUGUGAUUCAGUCUGACAUGAAGCUCUGGCUCUUUAAAGUGAUGCACAGCGGCAAAUCAAAAAUCCAAAUGGAGUACAAAGGGGAGAUGAAGACACUCUACUCUGCGUGGUCCUGGUGAAAAUGAGAGAAAUUUUCCAGGGCCUAUUUGGGUCAGUGAGUCACCAAUUCCAUCAUCACAGUUCCAUCUUAUUUCAAUGACUCCCAGAGGUAAGCUACUAAGGAUGCUAGCAUCAUUCCUGGUUGGAAUGUACUGAGAAUAAUAAAUGAUCAAGCUAUUGCCUAUGGGCUGGUCAAGGGUAAGAGAGGGGAGAGGAACAUUCUGAUCUUUGACCUGGAGGGAACCAUUGAGGAUGGUAUCUAUGAGGUUAAGUUAAGAGAUAGCGACACUCACUUGUGUGGGGAGCAUUUUGACAACCACAUUGUCAGUAAUUUUGUGGAGGAGUUCAAGCGAGAGCACAAGGAAGACAUCAGCCACAAUAAAAAGGCAGCUUGUGAAAUACUAUACAUACUAUACUCAGCUUGUGAAAGCAAAGAGAGCCCAUCAUCUAGCACUCAGGCCAACACUGAGAUCAACUCUCUGUUAGAUGGCACGGACUUCUACAUAUCCAUCACUAGAGCUUGCUUCGAAGAGCUAAAUACCGAGCUUUUUAGAGGCACCUUGGAACCAGCAGAAAAGGCACUGAGAGAUGCCAAAAUGGACAAGUUCCGCAAUCAUGACUAUGUAGUUGGUGUUUUCACAAGAAUCCUGAAAAUCCAGAAGUUUCUGCGAUUCUUCAAUGGCAGAGACCUCAAAAAGAGCAUCAACCCAGAUUAAAUGGUAUCUUAUGGUGCAGCAGUACAAGCUGUUGCCCUCAUGGGCGACACCUUUAAAAAUGUCCUGGAUUUGCUGCUGCUGCAUGUAGCUCUGUUGACACUCGGCAUAGAGGCUGCCAUAGAAAUCAUGUCCACCUUCAUUAGUAACACCACCAUCCCCACCAAGCAAACCCAGGUCUUCUCCACCUAUUCUGAUAACCAGCCAGGUGUGCAAAUCCAAGUGACUGAAGGUGAGAGAGCCAUGACCAAAGACAAUGACUUGCUCAGAAAGUUCCAUUUGAUCUCCGCAACUCCCUGCAUAGUUCUGAAAAUUUAAGUGACCUAUGAUAUCGAUUCCUAUUGAAUCCUGAAUGUGUCCUCUAUGGACAAGAGCACCAGCAAAGAGAAUAAGAUCACCAUCACCAAUGCCAAAGGUUGUUUGAGCAAAGAGGAGACUGAGAGAAUGGUGUGAGAGGGAAUGAAAUAAAGAGGCAAGGUUAAAAUACAG